AACAGCAUCAACAACAACAAGGACAACCCCCCUCUCGUCCCUCAACACCCCCAUCCACGUUCCUUAUUGUUCAGCCCUUGUCCCGGGUUGUUUGACCCACCAAGGGGACAGGGAAGCUUAACCCGGGUUGUUUGACCCACCAAGGGGACAGGGAAGCUUUGGGAAAGAAAGAACAUAUUCUGUUACAUUCCCACGAUGCUCGGAAUAAUAUUUGUGAUGCGGAACGCGUGGAAUGAUUCCCUGAAGAGAGGGAAGCUGACAUAACAGAGGGAUAGAUACGACUGAAGGAAAGGAAGAGAGAGACAUAUGAGCAAUCUACGGUGGAACAGGGAGGGAGAGAGAGGGAGGAGGAGAGGAUCUGCCUGUUCAUGAUCUUCAUUCCCUUGAUAUCAAUAUUAUGAUAUAUUCAUACGAGAAUUCCCAGAAUUCCCAAACAGGAAAUGGCGAUGGAAAUUUAUGGAAAAGCAAACAAAUUGAAUUUCUUCAGAUUUUUGUGUGGUUUUUUGGGGGAUUUUCCAGAUUCUCUUUGGGGAAUAAUGUGAAUGAGAUUGAGUGAAAAUUCUCUUUCUCUCCCUGGAACUAAACAAAUAAAAGGGAUCGUGGAGUGUGUGACUCAGCGACCCAAAUCCGCCUCUUUGAUGUGUGUAUGUCGGAAGGGAGUCACACACACAUACUGUCGGGAGUACACACACACACAAACCAGGAUACACACCUGGGGCGGAAUCAGGCACACACACCUGAUUGGAGGAUAGGUGUGACACAGACAGAAAAGGUCUGCGGAUAAUUCUCAAUAUUACCAUGCCAGACCCCCCACCCCACCACCCCACCCGAAGACGACACCCAUCACCCCACACACACCUACACCCACAGAGAAAGACAGAACAUUCCAUCCUCUCCUCCGUCCAUCCCUCCAUCACUCCUUCAAUCACACUUCAGAAUGACAGUGAAAGACUUCCCCAAUCCCUUCCUCGAUCAUUCUCCUCGCAUCUCAUUCUGUGUUCCCCAGAAACCCCUCCCAACCCUACCCUUCCCUCACAUCUCAUUCGCUGUGUUUGCCCACCUCCUGCUUUUCCGGCCCUCCAUUGGCUGACACUGGUCACAUGCUGCUGCCUGUUGCCCUCUCUGAUUGGUGCAGGGGAGAUGUGGGACGUGGUUGCGGUGUGUCCAUUCCACUGCGUCUGUCGGAACCUGUCAGACUCUCUGAGCACGCUCUGUGCAGAUAAAGGCCUCCUAUUCGUUCCACCAAAUGUCGAUCGGCGAACUGUCGAGCUCCGAUUGGCUGAUAACUACAUCACGGAAGUAGGUGGGUCGGACUUUGCCAACAUGACCGGAUUGGUUGAUUUGACUCUGUCCCGGAACACUAUCCACUCCAUCCGACCAAUGGCGUUCUCCGAUCUAGAGAGUUUGCGGAGUUUGCAUUUGGACGGUAACCGCUUGACGACGCUGGGGCCGAGAGACCUUGUGGGAAUGGUUAAUCUACAGCACCUCAUCGUCAACGGUAACCAGCUGACGAGGGUGUCGGCAGAAACAUUCGAUGAUUUCCUGCUGACGCUGGAGGACCUGGAUAUCUCAUACAACAACCUCCGAAGGGUCCCGUGGGAGUCGAUCCAGAACAUGGCCAGUCUACACACCCUGAACCUGGAUCAUAAUCUGAUAGACCACAUCGCAGAGGGAUCCUUUGGAGAACUGUACAAGCUGGCUCGCCUGGACAUGACCUCCAAUAGGCUGAGGACCCUGCCACCUGAUCCCCUGUUUGCAAGGUCUCAGACGGGAGCCAUCAGUCCCACUCCCUACAACAGCGUCAUCAGCCUGAACUUCGGAGGGAACCCGCUACACUGUAACUGUGAGUUACUAUGGUUACGGCGGCUGGUCCGAGAGGACGACAUGGAGACGUGCGCCACGCCCCCUCAGCUGGCCGGCAGGUAUUUCUGGUCCAUCCCUGAGGAGGAGUUCACCUGUGAACCGCCCCUCAUCACCAGACACAGCCACAAGCUCUGGGUCCUGGAAGGUCAAAGGGCAACCCUGAAAUGCAGAGCCAUCGGCGACCCCGAACCCGUCAUCCAUUUUGUCUCACCCGGCGAUCGGAUUGUGGCGAACUCCAGCCGCGCGACAUCGUACCGGAACGGAACAUUGGAUCUCUUAGUUACGGUUGCUAGGGACGACGGAGCGUACACGUGCAUAGCGAUAAACGCAGCGGGGGAAGCUACUGCGACGGUGGAUCUAAAGAUCGUUCCGUUGCCGCACCGGAACGGGAAUGUGACGGUUACCGGGAACACUGGGAAUUCUAAUGGGAAUAUUCCGGGUUCUUCAGACAUCACCACCGGGAAAAGCGGGAAUUCCGGAGAGGAGGAGGAGGAGGACGGAGGGACUAGGAUGGAGGAAGGAGAGAGGAUUGUAGGGAUACAAGGAGUCACUUCUACCUCAGCCCAGGUGCGAUGGGACCUCGGCCGAUCGGCUGGAGUUUACCUGGUGUGGAUGUUUCAGAUACAGUACAACUGCACAGCCGACGAGGCGCUGGUGUACAGGAUCCUCCCGUCUACCAGUAACAGUUUCAUGUUGAAGAACCUGGUUUCUGGAGCGGACUACAACCUGUGUGUCCUGGCCAUCUUUGAUGACAUCGUCACCUCACUGGCCGCAACCAAGGUUCUUGGCUGCGCCCAGUUCAGCACUAAAGAACUCUACCCAGAAUGCAAAUCUCUGCAGGCCCACUUCCUGGGUGGAACCCUGACAAUCCUGGUCGGAGGCAUUAUAGUGGUAACACUGCUGGUGUUCACCGUGGCGCUGAUGGUGCGUCACCGUGUAUGCAGUAACCACGGUGACCAAUGUGACCACGGGGAUGAUGGUGACGAGCCGGCAUGUUGCCAGGGCGGGUCAUUAGGGAGUCCGGUGAAAGGGGCGGCGGCCGGAGGUGGCGGAGGAGUGUACAGCCAAUCGAAUGGCAAUGGGGAUGUGAUGAUGGUGGUCUUGCCCAAUGGGCUGCCUUCGAAGCAGCGAGGGGGCGGGGAGAAGGAGAGAGAAAAGGAGAAAGGAGGGGCUGAUGUACCUCCUAAUUUACCCCCCAAACCAAAACCUAAAGCCCAAACUCUGCCCAGGCCUAUAGUAACCUGGGAGGGCAGGGGAGAGAAGGGGAGAGCACAGGGUGAGAGACAACUGCCUCCCUACACCCUCGAAGCAGAACGGGACUCUGCCUACUAUGCUCCUAUCGUAAGCUUGUCCACCCUCCCCCGCCAAUCACGAGGAGGAACAGGAACGGGGAGGGCUAGGCUCCGCCCAGAUGUAGUAGUAGUGGGCGGGGCCAAACGGGCAAGCUUCGCCCUGGACAUGCCCCUGGGACAGGAUCUCCUCUCUGAUUGGAGGAUGAGACAUGGUGUCAUAGUGGGCGGGGUCGAAGACAAAUGGAAUUCCUCCCAAGCCUAUCAGAGCCCGGGAGCUCCCCUAAGCCCGGGCUCAGUUCGCGCCAAACGUAGCAACUCCCUCGACAUGGGUUCUUCUUCUUCUUCUGUUUCCAUUGCCACGACGACAACGGUUGCCCAGCGACAGUACAGCAGUCGCCGCGGUUACGCCAAGCGGCUGUCAGUCACCUGGACAAGGCGAAGUAAAUCGCUGCAUGGAAUGUUGGUACACUGCGCCUCGGCAACCAGCACCACUUCCUCGACGACCAGCGACGAGGGAAGCAUAAACGGGGAGUUUGCCGUAGUUCAACAUGGUUACGUCCACGCCUACAACAACACUAACUCUAACUCUAUGAGCGCUGUUAUCAAGGGCAAUGGGAACGAGAAAGAGAAAGGAGGGAAAGAGAAGACAGCCAGUGAUGAAGGGCUGGAGGAGAGUGUGGUGUAGAGAGGGAAAGAUAGAGAAGGAGGGAGAAAGAGAGAGACAGAGAGAGAGAGAAAGAGAGACAUGGAGAGAGAGAGAGAGAGAGAGAGAGAGA